GUCACGUAGCUCUGCGGCAUCCGCAGCCUCAUUUACUGGAGCCCGCGCUGAGCUGCGUCUGUUGCGGGCCAGAACUGGAGCUCGUUGAACCUGUAGCUGCUGCUGCUAACUCCCUGCGUUCUGAGAGCUGUCACCAUGCCCCACUCCUACCCAGCCCUUUCUGCUGAGCAGAAAAAGGAGUUGUCUGACAUUGCCCUCCGCAUCGUAGCCCCAGGCAAAGGUAUCCUGGCCGCAGAUGAGUCUGUAGGUAGCAUGGCCAAGAGGCUGAGCCAAAUUGGGGUAGAAAACACAGAGGAGAAUCGCCGGCUGUACCGCCAGGUCCUGUUCAGUGCUGAUGACCGUGUGAAGAAGUGCAUUGGAGGUGUCAUCUUUUUCCAUGAGACACUCUACCAGAAAGAUGAUAACGGUGUCCCCUUCGUCCGAACCAUCCAAGAUAAGGGCAUUGUUGUAGGCAUUAAGGUUGAUAAGGGUGUAGUGCCUCUGGCUGGGACAGAUGGAGAAACUACUACCCAAGGACUGGAUGGUCUCUCUGAACGCUGUGCCCAGUACAAGAAGGAUGGUGCGGACUUUGCCAAAUGGCGCUGUGUGCUGAAAAUCAGUGAGCGCACGCCCUCAGCACUUGCCAUUCUGGAGAAUGCCAAUGUGCUGGCCCGCUAUGCCAGCAUCUGCCAGCAGAAUGGCAUUGUGCCUAUUGUGGAGCCUGAGAUCCUGCCUGAUGGAGACCAUGACCUCAAACGUUGCCAGUAUGUUACAGAGAAGGUCCUGGCUGCUGUGUACAAGGCUCUUAGUGAUCAUCACGUGUACCUGGAGGGGACGCUGCUCAAACCCAACAUGGUGACCCCUGGCCAUGCCUGUCCCAUCAAGUAUACCCCAGAAGAGAUUGCCAUGGCAACUGUUACUGCUUUGCGUCGCACUGUGCCACCUGCUGUCCCAGGAGUGACUUUCCUGUCUGGGGGUCAAAGUGAAGAGGAGGCAUCACUCAACCUCAAUGCCAUCAACCGCUGCCCACUCCCUCGACCCUGGGCACUCACCUUCUCCUAUGGACGUGCGCUGCAGGCCUCUGCACUGAACGCCUGGCGAGGACAAAGGGACAAUGCUGGGGCUGCCACUGAGGAGUUCAUCAAGCGAGCUGAGGUGAAUGGGCUUGCCGCCCAGGGCCAGUAUGAAGGCACUGGAGAAGAUGGUGGAGCAGCAGCACAGUCCCUUUACAUUGCCAACCAUGCCUACUGAGGCAUACUUAAUCCACACUAUGGCCCUUGGCCCAGCCAUCUGUACUCUUUUGCCUGUAGUCAUGGUCAGGGCCAAAUAGCCACGCAGAACAGAGAUGCCUUUGUCCAACAUCAAGUCAACUUCUUUUUCUCUUCUCUCCUCCCCUCUCAUUGCUGCACCUGGGACCAUAGGAUGGGAGAAUAGGGAGCCCCUAAUGCCUGAGGGCAGGAGAACCUGCUAGAAGUCAGAACAGAAUGCCUGGGUCUUCCCUACCUCCACCAGCCCUAACAAUUUCCCCAUGGUGGUAUAGCUUCUCCUUGGGCUCGCCUUGCUGCAUCUCUCUCCUAGGAUGAGAGAAGUACACUAGUCCCGCCUCAUGCCUUGAAUACAUACCACAUAGCAAAUAAAUGGUAGCAAAACAUG